CAGACAAUAUGGAUAUAUUUUCACGUAGUCCCUUCAGUCGCUUCGAGCACUCUUGGGUCAUCAAACCUGACUUAUUCAUUAAACCACCAUCUUCUGUGUUUAAAUACCUAAUAUCUACUUGAAAGUUCAUCAUGUCGAACAGUUCCGAACUCCUCUACCAUGUCAUCCUAACAGUCAUCGACUUCCAUCUAGACCCGUCGGGGGCCAAACGAUCCAUCUACAUUCUCGGCACACGUACGACACUCGAAGCCGCCAAAGACUCGGCUUUCAGAGUCCUCCAUACGCUGAGAUACGAACCGGACGACUUCAUCGAGUAUGCCGCCCAUUCAAGCCACACUGGAGACUGGGCUUAUGGCAAUGGAGUUCUGGUCUACGCUAAGGCUCCUGCGGGCCAGGUAUUCCAGAUCUCUAUCCAGGCUACACCCAACACCGAACAGCUUCUGGGAGACAGCGAUGGAUCUAUCAUACUACCCCAAGGAGCACCUUCGCUUUACUACGUGACGCAGACCGUCAUCGACUACAAUAAAGAUCGAACUGGCUGCGUGCAGGAGAUGCAGAUAGAGGGGACUUUUGUUCACCGGACUGAUGCAAGCAACGCAGCGCGCAAGCUACUUGAUCCUCUUGACUAUGCAGAGUAUGACACGCCGGAGAAGAUGAAAGAGGAAUGGCCAUAUGGGGAUGACGUGGUUGCCCAUGCAGUCGCAGAGACUGGCGAGAACACAACUGUUGAAGUAAAGACUGUUGUUGAUACACAUUACAAAUACGAGAAGGUUGUCUAAACGGAUUCUUUUGGUGAUCUGGAGUUGGUUUUAGCCGAUGGGGAAUGUGCAUCUUCUUUCCUGGAGGCUUGCAAAUUUUGGUUGAGAAAUUGUAUCAUUAGUUGUUAAGGCUGGCAACUUGGGGAUUCAACUUAUUAGCAUGUUUGCUUUUACUCAGAUACUAGGCUAUUAAUAGGUAUCUCUUUCACUGCAUAUACUAGACAUUAGA